AACACAUGCGCAGAUAGCGUUGUGCGUUGCAAUCUGCGAUUGCUCGCUGGGUUAUAUAGGCGCGAGCUUCCUUUGAAAUAAUAAUUUAAAAAAGAACAUUUUUUUACGAAGCGAUAAUGUCGACAAGCGACUUCUACUUGAGGUAUUAUGUUGGCCACAAAGGCAAAUUUGGACACGAGUUCCUGGAGUUUGAAUUCAGACCCGAUGGUAAGCUGCGCUACGCCAAUAACAGUAACUACAAGAAUGACGUCAUGAUCCGAAAGGAGGCGUACGUCCACAAGAGCGUCAUGGAGGAGCUCAAAAGGAUCAUCGACGACAGCGAGAUUACCAAAGAGGAUGAUGCGCUGUGGCCUCCUCCUGACCGAGUGGGAAGACAGGAGCUGGAAAUCGUCAUCGGCGACGAGCACAUUUCCUUCACCACGUCCAAAAUCGGCUCUUUGAUUGACGUCAACCAGUCCAAGGAUCCCGAAGGUCUGCGUGUGUUUUAUUACUUGGUGCAGGACCUCAAGUGUUUGGUGUUCAGUCUGAUUGGACUUCACUUCAAGAUCAAGCCCAUCUAGGCACCGUCUUCCUCUGCAUCGCCGUGUUUUUGGGUCGUCCGCAUAUGUACAUUUGCUUCGUUUUGUCUACGUUUUGAAUAAAGCUUUGAGAAUACAAGAACACAAGCGCCGCAGUGCUUGAGCGCUCCGAUGAAACGGUUUGCUCGUUCUUACACAGCCAACAACAAACCAAAUACAUAUUCUGUCAUAAUUUUCUUUUUAGUUUUCUAGUGUACAAUUGAACACAACUUUUUCUCAAAUUUUCAUUUUUCCAGUUUACGGCUAAUCCAAACUGACUCAUUGUGGGAAACACUUAACUCCCAAAUUAAACUUUUUCCUUGAAAUACUA